AUGUUGUCGGUGAUUUCAGGCCGUCAGCUGUGCAGAAUGUUCCUCUCUCUGCACGUUGUGUUUGUGAGCGUGGUGGCUGUGGAGAGCAGUGCAUCAAAUGGAAGUCGAACAGACUGCAUGACAUCCAGUGGUGUGGAGUACAGAGGGGGACACCAGAGCUCCUCCUCAGGUCUGACCUGCCUCAACUGGACUAACUCCACCAGAGACUACGAUGUGAACGUUCAUCCUGAUUCACAGACAGGUGUUGGAGAUCACAACUACUGCCGAAACCCCGACUCCUCCGAGAAGCCUUGGUGCUACAUCGCCGGCCCAGAUGGAACAAUCCAGAGACAACUCUGUGCAGUCGAAUUAUGCAAAGAACAAGCGUCCGCUGCGCCCGCUGAGGCCGAAUCUCCGACCGGAACCGCUCCCUCCACAGAGAGCCUCAAGCCCGCCAAGUCCAGAACGUCUCGGGGACAGGUUGCCGCAGUGCAGCCGGUGAUGGGAAUGAGCCAGAGAGUGCACACGGGACCAAAGAAGAAGAAAGACCUCGGCGUGCUGGGUUACGUGGUGGGCAUUUCUAUGAUGGCCAUUAUAAUCAUGCUGGGAGUGGGCAUCACGGUUGGCUACUUCUACAAGAGGGGGCGGGACUUAAAGAAGCAGCACGAGCAGCGAGUGUACGAGCGCGAGAUGCAGAGGAUCACCCUGCCGCUGUCUGCCUUCUCCAACCCGACGUGCGAGCUGGUGGACGAGAACACCAUCGUCAUCACGGCGGAGCACGACACCGACCCGGCCCUGGACAGCGUGGAGGGCGGGGACCCUCUCAUGGGGGGGCAACAAGCCGGUACCCCGGGAGCGUGAACAGGGGGGCGGGGUUAGUCCUCCCAAACGGGGGACUCUGAACAUGUUUUCUGUUGGACCAAAAAACACACACACUUCUUUUUUCCCCUUGCUCUGAUUUCAAGGAGCGGGAGAACAGUGUUGACUCCAAAGACUUGAACUGAAUGCUGUGACCUUUGUGACCCCCCUUUUCUUCUCUCUCCAUCAGAGACACAAACCAGACGAGCUAACUCACCAUUGAACCUGCAUUAACACCUCGAGACCACGACGAGGUCUUUAAAAGUCAUAUUUGAUACAUUUAUAGCCAUGAGGAUGAGAUCUUUGCUUCUCUUUUUUAACGCAGUGUGAGACGUGUUUAUCGUGGUUUGUGAUGAAAACGUCUUCACACAGAGAGACGGUGUUUUAAAGGAAGGGAGAACAUGACUUCAUGAGUGUGUCCAUGUGGAGAAAAGACAGCCACAGGAAGUGUUGGUUACAUGAUAAGAUGAAUAUAAGUUCUUUUUUGUUUCUGUUUUGACCCGCUGGCUGUGCCGAGGGCGACGCCGCCUGAAGGUGUGUGUGUGUAUAUAAAGACUGUUUAAAGACCUCCUCUGAACCAGGAAGAGGCAACGUGAGGUUAAAAACAAAAAAAAAAACAGCAACAAGCCAACUGAAGACGAGGGAAACUGCCUUAGCAUGAUACUUCUGAAUGUAUCCGUGUAUCUUUUCCCCCGGAUGAUUCCUCCUCCUCUUUGUACUCCAGUUACACGCCGACGCCGACGUAAAGCAUGACGGCGAUCAUCGGCAACGCGUCAAAAGAGGACUCGCCAUCGUCUCCCACAGGUUAAAGGAGUGACAGGAAAAAAAACAAAAACAAAGAGUGCUCUCAGGAAGCAUGAGAGACAGUAGAGAAGUCCCAGACAGAAAUGAUGGAAUAUAAAAAAACAAAGAAAGAAGAAAAGCACUGCCACAGCACGGAGCAGACGGGACGUUUUGUGGUGUUUUGCAGAGCAGGGCUGUGAUUGGGUGACGUGCUGCACACGCCCGUGUCUCACAUUACAUUCAGACCUUUGAGUUAUGCACUUGAUGCUUCAGGAAUGAAGUAGAAUAGAAACCCGUUCCAAAGUUUGAUGUUCACUCGUUCAGAAAACAAUCAAAAACAUGAAUGCAUGCACGUGGUCACCUGCUGUAUGUUUGUGUUUUUUAAGAACUACUGAAUAAAGACGACAUUUUAAAAUCAUCUGCCUGGAUGUUACAAAUCAUCUGCACACAUUCGAGUCAGGUCAUCACUCCAGGUGAUCUCGUUUCACUGACCUUUGGUUACUACUGCUCUUUCAUGUUGAAGUGUGCCGGUUGUUAUUAUUUCAUGAUGUUUUUGCAAAGUGUUCAGAUUAAUGCUGUUCAGCACUUUCACUAAGUGUGUGUUUGUAUGGAUGCAGAGUUUCACUGCUGGGACUGAAAUAAAAAGUCAAACACA